GCGACGACAAGGAUUUUCCAUCUGCUGCGCUUCCACCAUCCAAGGUUUGGCACAAUCCUCACAAUCUUGACUUCGAACAAUCGAAAACACAAACCACAAAAACAAGAACAACACAUAUCCUCAUAUCACACAAUGCUAUACUCAAAUGCUCUCCCUGAAACCUUCGCCCCCAGCGCUUGCGACGUUGUUGUGGGAAAAGGAAAGAAAUACUUCAAACAUGAAGGAAACCAAAUGCUUCGCCGUCUCGCCGUUUCGAUGAUUGCCGAGUACGCUGAAGCUCGAACAAAGAUGGAUAAGUCGCUCAUCAUUUCAAACGUUGUUGACCGCAUCCGUGACAGUGGCAGCUUUGUUAAAGUCGAUCUGGCCUCGGGUCGCUGGUUGAUUGCAGAGGAUUUGCUCUGCCGCGAAAAGACUUCUGCUGUCUUUCGCGACGCCCUCCACGAAUACCGCAAGAAGGGAAUGCCCAAGACAACCAAUGCUGGCAAGAGAAAUCGAGUGGAGAUUGUCUCUGUCGAGAAGGCGUUGCCGCCACAAAACAAGGAACUGGAAUCUGCUACUCCAGCGCAGCCAGCCACACUCUUCCAAGGCCUUGAGUUACUGCAGACUCUGAACUAUGGAAAAAUUGCCGCAUGCGAUGAAGACAGCAUUUCAGGAUUGACCAACUCUCUGUCAUGUUUCCGUCAAGAAGAUCUGAACUUUGAUGACUUUGAAAUUACUGAAUUCUUGUAAAGGGACGCACCCAAUUCGCCUCCUUCUAUACAGUAGUACACUUUUUGUUCAUACAUGUAAUAUGCAUAGAAUUCAAAGUUAAACUC